UUGAUCCGCCGUCCUGCUGGUUCUCUGCCCAGGCUCGACUUUCUAAAUCAGCUCCCGCCCGGCCAUAGCCAACAGUCUCUUCUCCCUCAUCCUCCUCUUCCACCCCCCCUCCAGACAAGCAACAAGCCGGAUACCAAUAUCACAGGUCCUCGCCCCCCACGUCGACGACUACAGCUCGCACUCCUUUGCUGUUCUACGCCGAGCAUCACGCCUCCGCACAUCGAGAAACCCUCCGAGAAAGCAAGACCCCAACCCAUCCUUGGCCCUCCCCCUCAGUUGACCCCAACGAACCAAGGCAAACGAGACCAAAGAAGAAGCAACGAAAAAUGGCGACCAAGGAGUACACCUACCAAGAUGUUGCAGAGCACAACACCAAGAAGGACCUGUUCAUGGUGAUCCACGACAAGGUCUACGAUUGCGCCAAGUUCAUCGACGAGCAUCCCGGUGGCGAGGAGGUCCUGCUGGAUGUCGCUGGACAGGACGCGACCGAGGCGUUCGAGGACGUCGGUCACAGCGAUGAGGCGCGUGAGACACUGGACCAGCUUCAGGUCGGGCAGCUGAAGAGACAGCCCGGCGACCCAACCCCCAAGGCCCCCACGCCUGGCGCCGUCGCUCCCGCCGCAUCGACAGGCGAUGCCACCGGCCUCGGUAUUGGUAUUUACGCGAUCGUCCUCAUUGGCGGCGCGGCGGCGUACUUUGCCUACCAGUACCUCCAGGCCCAGCAGGCCCAGCAGGCCCAGCAGCAGUCUUAGGUGGUGUUACAAGACGAGGCCUGGACUUGGCUGGUGCGAUGGGAGGGAACCGGCAUGUGCUUCUCUGUUGUGAGGGCCAUCUGCCUUAGUGCUUGCCCGUAGACACAAUACUAGUCCCAGCCCUCAGGAGCCAUGGUCUACUUGGAGGACUGUCACCGACCCUUCUGCCUUAUUCUUUAUUGCUUUUGAGGAGAGUUUCUUAAGAUUUCUGGGCUUUGUGAUAGAGCCUUUGCGAAGAUAGGUGUCUGGCUACAUUGUGGUCAAUUUAAGUUCUAUGUUGGAUGGCUCAAUGGCUCUUUCAUACUGCCCAAGUAAUUCAUGCAGUCCAGUCAGGGAAAUGAGGGAAAGAUUUCCGAAGGGUGACGUGGUAUCUGAGGCUGCUGUUGAUUGACUGGGAAAUGUUCAAUCCUGAGUCUACAUUUCGCUGGGGUCUUUUUAGGCUUUGCCUGUUAGAAUCUGACACAAUUAUCUUCUUUUCUACUACACAGAUAGACAGGGUCUACAGUACAGCAUAUAAAAUCAAGACCACUGUUCUC